AUGUUUCUCAUCUCCGUUUUCUUCUUUUCACUUCGUCUAAUAGAGUCGUCUCUGUGUUACACAUACCAAACCAAACCCCUCUUCCUGUCUUUCACCGAUUUGGCUGCUCUUGAAGCAAACUCCCUGACAAAGACAAACAACCCAGAUUCUCACUCAGCAAAUCACGAGCUGAAGAAAACCUUUGUGUUGAAAUGUCACAAGGACAGUGUUGAGGUUGUAAUGAAAGCUCAUCUGUUUCACCCGGAGCUGCCUGUGGAACCCGAAUACCUCAGACUUGGACCUGUUGGACCUGAAGUGCAACAUCACUGCAGAGCCAAAGUGUCUGAAAACGGGGAUUACAUCAUUAAAGCGCCUUUAAAUGACUGUGGAAGUCACAUGAAGGUCAGUGAACCUCUUGAAAUCAUACAAUUCUGUGUUCCUGCUGAAACCACAUGUUAAAUAGAUUAUUGCUGCUCAAUGCUGCCACCUAGUGGUUAAAUUCUGAUAAUGCUUCCUGUGCAGUUCACUCCGAGUGCUUUGCUGUAUAUUAACCUGCUGGUGUACUCUCCUCCUGGAGGCAUGAUGGAAGCCCAAGAAGCAGCUGUUCCAGUUCAGUGUGAAUACAGAAGGUACAUUCAUACAUGUGAAAUACACAAAUACUGCAACUCGUAUCUGUAGAUGAUUGAGUGUACAGCUUUUAGGAUAUAAAGUACACUUUUUUUAAGAGAAGUAUUUCAAAUUCAUCGGCAAAAGACGGACUGAAUAACAAUCCUGACAACCAUAUUUUGGCUGAUUUAUCCCUGUUAAACCUGUCGGAAAAACCUGUGAUGUUAACUCACUGAUAAUAUUCUGUUUUAGUGUUUUUGCGCAUAGAAAUGCUCUCUUCAGAGAUCAUAUUCCCUGGUUUUCAUCCCCCUCCACUCUGCAGGAGGUACACAGUGAGCAGCGGGGCCCUGAGACCCACCUGGAGUCCCCUGAUCACCACUCAACACGAGUUAUUGACCCUGGACUUCCAGCUCAGGCUCAUGACAGGUGAGUCUGUUUGGGUCUAGUCGAAUAAUCUCAGUGUUUUGACUCUAAAAUUGCUUGUGGUUUAAAAGUAUGAAGAUGGGAACCUGUCAGAUUUGUUGUAAAUCACAAAGAAUCAUCAAUACAGUUACAGCUUUGCUAUCAAUCUUAAUUUUACAAAAUAAAUCUGGGUCAAAGAGGUAAAUCUGUUCAUUUAUUAUCCCUCAGAUGAUUGGAGCAGUGAGAGGAACUCCUCUGUUUACUCCCUGGGUGAAACAGUCAACAUUGAAGCCUCUGUGGAUCAUCAUCAUCAUCAUCAUCAUCUCCCUCUUCGCUUGUUUGUAAACAGCUGCGUGGCGACCUUAUCCCCGGAUGUGAACUCCUACCCCAGAUACCUCUUCAUAGACCACCAAGGGUGAGGCUUUAGCGUCGACAGCAGUUCCUCUAAUUAAUCAAAAGACACAGAAAACAGUCGACUUUCUGCAUCUGUAACAAUACAAUGAACCUAUAUGAGCCAUGUGAUAAAUGCAGAGGUCAGAGGUCAAAUCUGAUAAAAAUGUGUCUGUUCUUUGCAGAUGUUUCACAGACUCACAGCUGCACGGAUCGAGCUCCCGUUUCCUGCCAAGAGUCCAGGACAAAAUUCUCCACAUUCAGCUCCACUCUUUCCUCUUCCACCAGGACCACAGACGCACUGUUAGCACUGAUUUCACACACUUUUAUAUACACUUUUGUAUAAAAUAUUCUUAAGAAGAUGCAUCAAAAUGUGCUACAAUGUUGUCCUGUAGAUCUUUAUAACGUGUUAUCUGGAAGCAGAGCCCAUUUCUAACAAGGACCCUGAGAAGAAGGCCUGUUCUUAUAUAAACGGGAGGUAAAUUCAUUAUCAUCCAGCUGUCUUUACUCUCAAAAACACGUGACAUAACAAUAAUCUGAGAUAUUCUGUAUCUAACAGAUGGAGGUCAGUUGACGGUGAUGAUGGUGUCUGUCAGAGCUGCAGCAGCGGUGCUGAAUCAAACCACAGGAGGGCGCUAAGGAGCCAGACACAACAAGGACAGACUGGUGCAGCAUCUCAAACCUUUCAUGGUAUUUACCUAGAGCGUUACUCAGUAUUAUGUGAAUAGAAGAUAAAUCAGUGAUGUGAAAAUUAUUGUCUAUCGCGAUAUAGCUGUGGGUCUAAAAUUGAACAGUUUUUUUUCUUCUUGCAGAUCUGCAAAAGGAAACCAGUUUGGGUCCAGUAACAUUUCUGACUGCAGCUGGUAAAGACAAAUCUCUGCAUUAAGAGUUUAAUAAAAGUGGAGUUCAGACACCUGUGAGAUAUGUUGGUACUUUUACAUAAAUCUGUGCCAAAUGGAAUUAAAUCAAAUUACAUUAAAUAACCUGAAUACUACUGAAGCUGUGCGAAACUUUAAUGAUUAAAGCUCCUGUGAGGAGUUUGUAGCUGCCUUCAAAACAGAGUAUCAUGGUCGAAUUUUCUAAAGUUUCGUAUGCCAUGGGACCACAUCGGGCUUGAUGUGUAUAGUCAGGCGCGUCAAAAUUAGCCUUCAAAUAUUUUGUGAUUUCGUGCUCUAUAUUCGUGUCGGCCCCGGUGUGUAAGGACCUUUAGUCUUUGAGUCUAAAACCACUAGUGGAGGGUUAAUACAGCGGCCAAGUACAAAUUUUAGCCAGAACCAUGAAGUUGGUGAUACAAGCAUGAAAAUUGGCAUGAACAUUCUCCAUGAGUCACUUGACUAGAGAUGGCUGCCAUUUUUCAAGAUAGCUGCCACCUCAGUGGAACGGUUAGGUGAUGUAGUUGUUAAAUUGGUGAUAUAGCCAUAAAAAUUGUUAUGAAUAGUCUUCAUGAGUCACUUAACAAGAAAAUGCCCCAAGCUGCCUGAAGUUUCCCGAUGGCAACCAUUUAUAAGAUGGCCGCCUUCUUAUUACAGCAGUAAUAUCAUGUAAAGUUGGUGAUAUAAGCAUGAAAAUCACUUAACACUUAACAAGGAAAUGCUUGACUGUGUUUUGUCCAACUCCUCACCUUUGACCUGUCCAAUUUGGUAAAAUCUGCCAGGGGUUGCCUCCCAAUGGCAUAGCUCUUAGGGUUCAUGGAAGUUUGCAAGCUCUCUUACCACAACAAGGUAACAGUCACAAGCGAGGGUUUUUUAAAAAAAAAAAAACUUUUAAAAGCUUUUUUGGCACAAAACGGCACAUUUUAAGUCUUUUUAAUCUACCUCAAGGGUUUAAAAUAAUUACAGAAAAACUGAGGAGGCAAAUUAAAUCCAAACACCAAAAAUCAGAGGCUCCAUCCUUAAGUUCCUCUCCACAAAAGUUUUAAAGGAGGAUAAGUAACAAAACAUGUUACGCACAAACAGCUGGUUCCUAUUUUCCAAUGAAGAUCCCUUCUCUAUCUCUUGGACCUCCAGGCAACCAAAUCCCUGCAAGAAUCUCUGUGUUUUUAUCCUAUUUGUAACCAACCUGCUCCUUCCUCCUGACAAAUCAUGUUGAUACUGUUAAAAGCAGAAGGUAAAGCACUCUGGACAGUUCACUCUGAUCUUUUAUCUCGACCCUUCACCCCUUAAAGCCGCUUGGCUUCUUUGCUCGCAAUCCAGCACCUGUCAGCUCUGAGAAGACAAAGUGAGGGAAAGUUAGAAAAAACAAAAACACUAACUCUGAAUUCAUGGCAACCAUCAUAAUUUCCCUCUUUGGUCUGUUUGCCAACCAGGUUUCAGAGCCAAAGCCUUCAGUCAGAGCUGUUUGAGUUGUUGCGCAGACAUCUUCUCUGCUUAAAAACAAGUAAACAAAUCACCAUUGUUUCAGGCAUGUUCAAAUCAAAAAGCAGUAGCAUUUGAUAUGUUUUAGGUGCUGAAAUAAGAAGUUUAAACGGGAAAUAUGUUAUCUGCAGGGCUCUCUAGAGUUUUCAAAGCUCUUUAGCCGGUUUUUACACUGCCUGUAUUCACUGCUGUGGGAUACGUCACAUGAAGGAAGUGACGCAUGCUAAUCUAAACAGCAUGUCAAUGAUAAUUUUCUGAUGAUCUAAUCAAUCCACAGUGCUAUAGUGCUGCAUUUAAGUUUUUGUACAUGUGCACACAACAGUAUCAUCAACAUACAGUCAUAUUUGUAAUAUGGAAGCAAAAUGGUACAGGGGAUCUAGAAAGGAUCCUUGAGGAACACCAUUUUCCUCUUUAUUGAUUUUUCUCGGAUGCAAACUACCAUGAAAGAUUGAUAAUAUCCCAAACAAACAAUACUGCCAUCCUUUUCCUUAUUUGUCAUAUUAAAAUAAAAAUGUAUUUACUUUUAUCUCAGUGGCUCGCUCACUGUUUUCCUUAAGCUAAAACUGCCCCCCGGGCGUUUUUCCUAUGUAGCCCCUGGUGUCACAAUGACGGGGUUCAACAAAAGGGAAAGGACCUAAAUGCAGAACAAAGGAGUUAUUUAAAAAGAACUAAAUGAAAAGCUACAAAAAAUUGCUUUAAAACUUCCAACUAAAGACACUAGGGACAAAAUCACAAGGAGACUAGGGAUUCAUGCAUUCAGGGAUCACAAUGAACCGCAGACAUACACACAUUGACAUACAAUGAACCAACCAGGACAGAGGGGAAGACAGGGACUAUAUACACACUGUUAACGAGCAACAGGUGAGGCAGACGAGACACAGGUGAAACUCGUGGGUGAUUAACGAGGGAGGGAAAACUAGGGAAGUAAUUACAGACUAGAUACAAAAGAAAUCAACUCCUACAAAAUAAAACCGGAAACACUGAGAACUGAUUUAAAGAAUAAAACACAGAGAACAUGAGGGAAACAGGGUCAAACACCAACUGAAAACUCACAAGACAGGGAAAAACUAAAUUAACAGAACAUAUCCUGACACCUGAAAUACUCUCAGGGGAAAACUUUGAUCUUGUGCGUACAAGUUACUAUUUUGCAAACGUUAGUUACACAUCCUGUGGGCAUAAGUCAUUGCCCUUUGCAAAUACAGCAGCUGUAAUGGUUCCACUUGCCAUAGAUUGAUGUUUUUUGUCAUUUAUCGCCAAUAUUUGCUUAUUUAUUUGCUUUUAAUGAUUUAAAGGCAUACGAUUUAAAGUCAGUAUGUUUGUCUUAGUGCUCCUUUCUGUAUUCAAGCUCUUUAAUUGUUGUUGUCUUGGAUUUUAAGUUUAUGUGCUUCUAUUCUUACCAUAAAUCAAAUGUUGGAGCUGAAAAUGAAUUCUCUAAAAAGGUCAGAAAGGUUGUUUCUAGCCUGCUGUCAAUCAUCUGAUCUAACAUCUACCCCCUCAAAGCAUUUUUAAUCAUGAAGUGAAACCACAGUGAAAUUAUCAGACGCGUUACUAAUGGUCUUGUUAGCUUUCAAAGGUCAUAAAGAGGCAUAUGUUUCAGUGUCUAACUCUCAGUUAAAAACUCCUUACUGUGCCUUUAACUCUUUAAAUCUCUACAUUUAACCUUUCUCAGGAUUUUAAAAUGUAUUUCUUCCAUUUUUCAGAUAGUGCCUUUGUUGCAUUUAAAGAUGUAUUUUCCAUCAUAAUCAUUUUUGAUCGCCUAAUCAAAGUUCCAUCUCCAGCUUGGCAAAUCCAUCAAAAAAGACGCCCAAGCGUUGCGAAAUCUGCUCAUAUUCUGUCACGUUUAAUAGCUUAAUGUUGACUUUUAUAAUUACACCUUCUGGUAUUUGCUUUAUUAUUAUUUGAGUCUCUUAGCACAGCCUUAGCUGCAGGGUGCGAAGUUUGGCAGGCAGCACCAAACGGGGACCACCUGAAGCGUUUUUGUUAAGCACUUAAACAUUUUCUCCUAUCAUUAUUGUCGGAAUAAUGUCAAAGUAUUUGCUUUAUUUAUUUUUUUUAUCCAUCAGAUAGCACCAGCUCAGCUCUGGCUUAAUCUCAGCGCAGUGAAACCUCUUGAGUCUUUGUGUUGAAGCUGCCAGGGUGCAGUAUUGAUGCAUAAACGUGCCAUUUCACCCCUCAAUUUUCUUUAUUGAGCUUGUCCUGCGUCCAAGGAUAGCAUUGCUUAACUUUACUGUAACAAAUAGACACAAACACACACAAAGAGGACUCACACACUCACAAAAGCACACCUGGGGAAACAUUCCUCGAGGGGAGUCAUCAAUCAGUUUUAUGGCUUUCUCUGGGAAAGUUUCCUCCUCUCCAAUCAAGCGUCUUCCCUCCCUCCCUCCCUCCCCUCUCUCCUCGAUCCUCUCUCUUAUAUUUCCAUCUGUAUCAGUUUUGGUCCACAUCUGAGAACCAUCCAGUCCGGCCAAUUUACUUCAACCACUUUUCCUAUUCCACUGAGGGAUAAUUGGAACAAACUGCGGAGUGAGAUCUUGGCCUGGACGAGAUAGGAGAUAAGACGAUUGCAACUGGCUCGGCUCUGUGCCUUCAAUUUGUCCGCCAGCUGUAAUUAACCUGAUGCUGGAGGAUCUCCACCGUGUUAGAAAAUAUCCUCCACAAGCUGUGAAUUUAUGUGAGGCUUCUAGCUUUAUCUAAAAGAGAAGAACAGAUAGUAAAAAAAGAGCCUCUCUAAGAACAGAUCAGCCCGUUUCAGGAACUUUCCCCCCUCAAGUGUGUUGUCAUUGGUGUGUCUAAUUUCCUCCACAGCUUGUAACAACAAACACUUCACAAUAGUCUAUUGUGGGAUAAAUUUUGUGUGAUACUCAGCUUCAAAUCCAUCAAAGGACUGUAUUGUAUUGCUUUUGUGGUGCCACAUGAAAUCAGAUCCUUCACUUUAAGAGUCUGAAAACCUUUUAUUCGGAGUAACAGGUUCCUGCAAGAGCGCAAAGUUAUCUGCCAAAGCUGAAAUAGUUCUGGGUGUUUUUGUGUUUAUGUUUCUGUCUGGAAUCUUCUUCUUGAUAACUGGAAGUGGGCGGGGCUUCGUGGGAAUGAGCUGAUGUCAUGUUCCCUCAGGCGCCAAUCAGGAUCAAUCAGUUUUUAUUAUAACUGGGAAAUGACAGUCUUAAUAUUCGCGCCAAGAGGCGUGAUGAUGAGCAGGUCAAGGAUGAGUGGGUCAAGUUUAAAAUUUGAUUAUUGAUUAAUAUUGAUCUUUACGGGGAAGAAGUUUUAAAAAGAAACUUAGCAAAAAAUCAGAAGUAGAGAUUGUCAGGCAAAUUAAAUAAAUGAAUUUAGAAUAAUAAAGAUUUUAUUUAAGCAUAAUGUUAAUAUUUUUUUGAUAAUGCAAAAUAGUUAUAAAAACAGAUACUUUAUAUUGUACUAGACUGCAGUUGAUAAUCAAAUUGUAACCUGUUCAUCGACUAUAAUGAAAUUUACUGUUUACAAUGUUACGUUUACAUAUUUUUUAAAAGUUGUUCAUGUAUUUUUUUGUAGAUUGUAUCUACAUUAUUAACAGUUAAUCUAAUAGAUCCUUUACUGUGGAUUCUUAUAAAGUAUUUAAAAGGUAAAAACAACAACAACAACAAAAAAAAAACGUUUUAGAAUGGAUGCCUAAAGUGGACAUGCACGCCUACUUUUGUCUACUCUGCUUCCUGUAAUAAUGCACUAAUUUCUACUUUUUUUUUUCAAAGAUUGAAACUCAAAUCUGCAAUCCACUCAAUAGCCUUUCACAGUGAGAAACUGCAAAAGUUUCAUCACUAGAAGAAAAACAUUUUACUCCAUAGAUAAUAAGAUCAAUUAAUCAAAAUUCACAAGGAAACCAAGUUUUAUGAAACCAGCUUCCAUAUAUGUCAAAAUAGAAACUCAGUAAAUUUUGAUGCAAAAGAGUGGAACAAUUUCCAUAAAGAUUUAUUACAAAGUAAAAUAAAAUGGUUAUAUUUUAUACCGAUAACAUAAAAGAACUUUACUUUUGAUUACAGGGAAACAGGAAAAUUAAAAUUAAUGUUCGGAGGCAUGCCCCCUUUAGGCUUCCAUAUUUUAGUCAAAGAAAUUUUAGAACUUAAAAAAAAACUCACUAUUUUCCAUGAGUAGGCCAUGAGGUAUUAACCCCAAACCUCACUCAAGGAAAAUAGCAUUUCUUAUAUGUAUUAAACUGAUAAAUGUUCAAAUAAAUACAAGCAGAAUUUAUGUGCUUUCGGGUAUAUCAUAGUCAAGCUUUCCUGAUAAGUAGAAAUAGCCACAGAUUAUAAAGUUACAGGAACCAAAUGUUUGACAUUUUUGUUUUUUUAAAGACAAAAAGAUGAAUUAAAGAAAUUUACCUGCUGCAAAAGGCCGGUUGGUAUCCGAAUUUUGAGGAUGAUUUCAUGUCAGAUAAAGAAAAGUGUGAGUGGACUUUCUAUAUUUAGUCUUAACAGAUAUAUUUUUAGUAUUACAGGUUUGACAGACAGGUUAAUUCUCCCUCUUUCAGUUUGAUGGACUCUUUUUGCCUUGAGUGCCAGCUUGGCAGUGCGUAAAGCAGGAUGUCACCUCACUUGGCUCACUUCACUUUCUAUAAGCAGAGACGCACCUCCCACCUGAUCCCCCCCACCCCCUCCUUCAUUUAUCUCCCCUCCUCUCGCUCGCGCAGUGCCCGGUGUGUUGCCCCCUCUCGGUAGUCUCGUCUCCUGUCUCUCUUGCUGCUCCGCAGACGCGCAGGAUCUGGAUGUCCGGACACUUGCUGCGCCUCUCUUCAUGAACAGGAGGACCGGCAGGAGCAGAAGGAAGGAGAAGGAGGAUCACUGGAGCGCACAUGGUGGGCUGCUGUCAUUUAUUUCUUAUAAUGAGUGUGUGUGAGUGAGUGUGUGUGCAGGCCUGAUAAUUAUAGUAGUGCAGUAUAGUGUAAUGACAGGGUGAGGUGAAGUUUUAUGAUGAAGUCGCGCGUAAAAGUGAUCUUGGAUUUUGUGUCUCCAUAAUUACAGGCAGGGAAAGGCAACAAAUAUGAGAUACGUGGGUGUGCAGAUAAGUUUGCAAGAAUAAAACGCAAAAAUUAAUGAUUUAUCUAAUUGUUUUUAAUGUUUGUAUUUCUAAAACUCAGCCAAAAUUCUUGUAGCUUAGCUGUUUAAUCCUAUUUGUAAAAAUAUGUGUCUUUUUCUGGUUGUUUAGGUUUAUUCUGAAUUUUUGGGGUGUGCAGGAAAAGUCUAUUUAUUUAAAAUUUAUGAUAAAAUAAGCUUGAAUUCAAAGUAAACUUUUUAAAUAAACAUAUUUAUCAUUGUAUCACGGUUUUUGAUUAGCCGGAUCUUAACUCGAAAAUAAAAUAAGCUCAGAAUAAUUCUCCAUAUUUAAAAAUAAAACAGAUCCAUAUCCUUAGAUCAAACUAUGAUAGUCUCAUACUGUAAAUAUUAUUGUUCCUCUCUGGCAGAUAGAGUUAAUUGGCUGCAGCUAAUUUCAGGCUAACAAGUGCAAUUAGCCGAGCAGAAACCACCCUCCGGGCUCUGCUGUUAGCUGGUGCCAAAAUAAUCAAACUAAAUAUGACAAACAUUUGCCUUUAAUGAACCGAGGCAGGAGGAGAGUCAUUAAUCCGAGGUUUGCUCACUGCCCGCCUGUCACUGCAGGCUCUUUUCUUUCAGUAAUUAGUUUUCUUAAACCCCUUUCUUUCACCAAGGACUAAAUUACUGUGAGCUCUUUGCUUUCAUAGACAAUCUCAGACAAACUCGCUCACGCAAUUUUUCUUUUUGUUUUGUUUUUCAAAUAUCUGAUAAAUGAGGUUUUAGUGAGCAUAUGUGAUAACUGAUUGGACUGCUUCAAUUUUUUUUUGCGUUUUUGUUUUCCACCUGCUUCUAUGACUUUGUGUGGUUUUAAUUAACACGCAUUAACAACACGAGGCCUCUCUUUUUACUCCCAUCAUGCCUGAGGUUGUCUUUGGCGUGACUUUAACGCGGAAUCGCAAUGAUUUCAUUUCCAUCUGUUUUUUAAUAUCAACAUGUGAAGCCCGAGCGGCAGGAGAGCGUCUUGCCAACUUGUAUGAGGUUAUAAAGAGGGGUGGGGGUUGACAGGAAACUCGCUUUUAAAAUAUCGAGUGGGUAACAUGUGUUUUUUGUAUUUAAAAAGUGGAAUAAGCACAGGGAGGAGAAGACACACCUUCAGGGCGCUUCAGACACCUGUGGGCACCUUGUUGGUUUGUUUGAGGCGCAAACUUGAAGGACGGCGCCCUUUGGCCAAAGACACUAGCAGUGAUAAUCCAUUUUGUGCUGUCUGUUGCUUUCACCUCCUGGGCCGCCCCACUAAAAUUAGAUUAUUACACCUAAAACAGAACUCCUGGAAUCCACUCCGUGUGGAAUAACACACACAUGGGCUUCAACUGUGUGGGCAGGAAUGCAGUUUGAGACUACAGACCGCAUACGUAGCCUCUCUCUGCAGUGUUGUAUUUCUGACCAGCUGAGGACAAUUGCAAAUUAACAAAGGUGUCAGUGUGGUAACAUGUGCCAACAGGUGCCUUGGUCCAGCUUCAAACAUGUGGCCUAUAACAGAGAGCUUAUAUAAUUGAUCAUAUUUAUUUAGAGGCUCCGUGUCUUCAGCAUAGCUGCAAUGUAGAACCCUGGGAAAUCUUCCAAGAGACUAUCCCCCUGAUAAAACACAGCUCUUCAAACUGCGGUCGUGUGUUUAUUUGUAAAAACAACAACUUAAGUCCUUGAAAACUCAACAUGGGGAAGAAGAGCAAUUUGAAUUUCAAAUCUUUGCCUCCGUAUCGCUGGCGUGAUCUGCUGCCCAUGACGAGGAAUGUUAAAACGUGUGAGACAGGCCAAAUCCAGCUCAUCUGCUCACCAGAACAGACCCAGACCGGGACGGGCCUGCAGCCCCAAAGUGUGAACAGACCGAGAGAGUUAACAGGUAGCCAGAGAUUUCUGCACUGCAUAGAAUACAGACCUCAUGAUGACAAAGAGUGAGAGUAAUAAAAAGUUUGAUUUGCUAAAUGGUGAAGUUACCAACAAAUUAGAUAGAAAAAGACGCAAAAUUAAGCACAAAUAGAUGAAAAUUAUGUAUAUAAAAGAUGACAAACAUACAAAUCUAUAUAAAUUAAAGCAAAAUUAAACACUUAAAAUAAUGCCUGUAAAGAACCGAAGUACUCCUUGGUUUGUAAACAUGUGCAAAACCUCUAAAAUUUUAAUCUUAUAGGUCAAAACUAAUAAAUUCCCAUUUGACGACUCCUCUGUGAUCAUAUUUUACUGCUCUCCCUUUCCGCUCAGCCUGAAACAGCCUCUGGAACAGACCGCUCAAAAACAUGAAAAAUCGCAUGUAACAGGCGUCACUUUUUCCAAAACUGUCAAAAUAAAACAAAAGAAGGAGACUUUGAGGCAACAUAAGUAAAGAAAAUGAUUUAAAAGAGGUUUUAUUCGCAUUUCCCGUUUCCUUUUGCGGCAGCUUCAACAGAUCAUUUUUCCGUUUUUAUUACCGGAGAGGGUCUCAUUUCCCUCCGGUGUCCCCGCCAUACUCUUAAAAUACAGUACCCGUUAAUAAAACCCAGACUUAGAGGGCGUUAAUAUUUACGCAAACAAGUGUUUUGUAUUUUAUAGUUGCUGUAAAGUUGUAUCACAUUGUUAAAAAGUAAAUCCUUGUAAACUUUUUUGUUCGUAAAAGCCAAAAAGUCACAAUAAAUUUUCUUGAAUCUGAUGUGGUAAGACAAUAAAACACAAAACCUUCAAGGGGGUGGGGAUGGAUUUUACGUGUAUUUGCUUGAAUUCUUGUUACUUUGUUUUUUAUUGGAUCAUAAAACAACGCAUUGGUUCCUCUACCUGACAUUAAUAUUUCCACAAGUUCCUCAGAAUACAGCUUCAUGAGGAAUACAUGAGGAUGAAGCUCUGGAAUAAAAAAAAAAAAAUGGGGGUCUGCAGAGCACGAACAUGAGGAUUGGUCUCUGUACGACUAUGCUGUAAACAUGCCCCCAGGUUGUCAGCAAGUAUUUUUCCAGCCCCUUGCCAGCCAAGCAUAGCUGCUUCUAAAGAUCACCCGCCGGAGAUGUUGAUCUCAUCUUACCACUAUUUGGCUGUAUAAGCUUUUUCAAAGACGGAUUGCUGCCAAGUUAUUGCAAAAUUUGAGGGUUUUAAUGUGGAGAAAGAAAAGAGGGUUGACAUCUUCCAAGCCUUUGUUUCCUGCGGUCUCUCCCUGUUUUUCCGUGUCUUCCCAUCGACUCGUUCUGUACUGGGAAUUUCGCUCGUCUUCAACAGGUUCCUCUGACACCCCAGCUGUGUAAAUUUAUGGAAAGCAGCAGAGAAAAACCGUUGAAAUCAUAUCCGGUGGGUUACGAUGGCGGUGCCAGACAGACGAUCUUGUUUCGUAAGAAGACGGGGUCUCGAUUUGGCCUGGUGGGGUGCUUGAAAAACCUCAGGGGCCUCUCUUAGAUGAGCAUCCAUUUAUCAUGGAGCUUGUAAUGGGCCGAUGUUUAAUUAGUCAUGUAAUGUGACAAAGACAAGAGCAAGAGCAUGUCAUGGGAAUGUUAAACCAAUGCAUGUCCCAAACGUGGACCCCCACUCGCCUACACUUAGGCGUUGUUCCGUGUCCAGACUGAAUUCCUCUGCUGCUUUCCUGAAUCCUCCAGCAACCUUUGCCCUCCUUUUAAUCUCUCUGACACUGCCUUCACUCUUAUACCGCUAUAGCACUGACACCCUAUGAAACCAGAGACCCAAUUAAUCACCAGAUCAACGUAUAAGUCGUGCUUUUUAUCAGAGAGUUCAGGUUCCCGUGGGGCAUGUCUCGACACGUCAGGAAUGACCAACCGAGGCAUUCUGGACAUCAGGAAUGUGGCCUGGUGGCACCAGGGUCACAGUCAGACUGCUCAUCACUGCACUCUUUGCUUGUGGCGUUUCCUGUAGCAACACUUCCAAACAGGGGUCGUGUGAUAUGCCAGAUCUUUCUUUUGUUCUGAGCCAGGUUUGGUUGAUCCACUUUACGUUCAGAGGUCAGGCUUAAAGCAGGUUAUCCAAGUCUGCCCAGGGAAUGCCAUGGCCUGCUCACGGCCCCUCAGAGCUGUGUGGUCCCCAAGGGAAGCCUCAUAUUUCGGUGGUCGGCUAAUUGAGCGGGAUGACGAGGUCGCAGAGGCGUUCAGCCUCGUCUUCUCCUACGGGUUUGGUUUAUGCAGCCCUGCUGACUUCGCUGUCAGUGUCAAACGCUUGUUAGGACAUCAUCAAUCUCACAGCAGUUAAGAAUAUUCUCAGAACAGAAUGAAGGGGGCAGGUGAUAGAUGAGCACAGGGACUGAAGAGCAAAGGGGAAGUAGUCGGAAAAUGACAGUCCUUUACGGAGGGAAACAAAACAAGACAGUCCUGAAAGUACAAGGAGCAGGUGUGGAACUUCUUUGGGGAGAAAAAACGUCAAGCUCGUUUGGUAAUCUGAUUCUGGGAUUAAUUUGGGUGGUAGCAACAAUAAAUCAGCGGUUCCUCAGAGAGUACACUCAUUGUUCCUCUUGUCCCCAUUCCAAAAUUAACACUCCUGCGUAUCAAAUCCUGACAGAGGAAUAAAUUUCACUGAUCACCAGUUGUAAGAGACGGGAAGGGAUUUGUUCAAGUAGCGGACAUACACAAGUCUGUAUUUGUCUCCACCACGGAAGUAUCUAUGUAGGGGCUCAAGUCGAACAUACAUUUUGAUCUAUAAAUCAUCUGCUCCCAUCCCCAAGCCUAAUCUCCAACUCCCUUCCUUCCCGCCCCUCAUUUUCUUUUUUCCUCAUACUCCCUCUUCAGCUCGCUCACACUUCACACUGCUCAUGCUCAGGCACCUCGCUUGCCUGCAGCACUGACCGGUGGUAAAGUGAUUUGAAAAGGAAAGCCAUAAACGUGAUGGAUGUGGUCCAGUUCGGGGUUUAGCCCCAGCUGUCGGGCAUGUUUUUUGUCAUUUCAGACAGACCCGCUGGAUGUGCACCCUUCUUCACCCACACUUAUGCGCUCUUUUCCUGGGUUCAGGGGAGCUUUGAGACAGAUAUGUUCUCCAGGGCUGUCAGGGUCAAAGAUUCAAACCAGUGGCCGACACGAGUGGGAAGAUCAGAGAUUACAUUUUUAUGAGAUGAGAUCUUUACUGGCAUCUCCUGAAAGCCAACAAGGUGCGGUUGAAGUGAUGCAGUGAGUUGGUACCGUGUGUUUUCAAUAAAGGGCACAGGUGGUCCCUCUUAGAUUUCCUCUCCUCUGGCUUUGAAUUCAAGUCUUAUAAAUCAAUCACUUUGUGUUUUUUUUGUUUUAUGAUCAAGCCCCCAUGGUUUUCUCUUAAAACUCAUACUUUUUUUCUUCCACAGGCUGGAUGACAUGAUGAACCUACCCUUUUCCCCUCCCCCCUUCACCUCCCUCUUCCCUGUUUUCCUUCUACUCCUUCUUUUCCUUCCUCCGUCUCCUGUCUCCUCUUCCCUUUCCCACACCCCCCUAAGCUGGACUUCACCUCAUGACCCCUGCUACCACUUGGAUGGACGUCCACGCCACUGCCUGUCGGAGUUCAUCAACGCGGCAUAUGGAGUCCCAGUCAACGCUAGCCACUCAUUACAUGGGCCUGACUAUGACGGCAACAUCACCACCUUGACGGACCUCCACAACCCCCACAACCUCACCUGUUGGAUGGCUCAUGGUGAUCCAAACACUGGCGAAUGGGUCCUAACGCUUCCUCUCGGACGCCGCUUUGAGAUCACUUACAUAAGUUUGCAGUUCUGCCAGCAGGGGGAGCCUUCAGACCCAAUCUCCAUCUCCAUCCUAAAAUCAAUGGACCAUGGGCGAACGUGGAGGCCAAUGCAGCACUACUCCAAUGAUUGCUUACGGGACUUCGGGCUUCCUUCGCAGACAGUCGCCCAGAGUCGGCACCAAGAGACCGAGCCUCUUUGCUCAGAUCCUCGCCCCUUGCAAAAGCAAAGAGGGGGCAUGGUUCUAGCUUUCUCCACCCUGGAUGGACGACCAUCCUCGCCUGAUUUUGACCACAGCCAUACCCUUCAAGACUGGGUGACCGCCACAGACAUUCGCAUAGUCUUCCACCAAGUGUCGAAAGAUGCUAAAGAGAGUACACUUGAGAGGAAGGAGGAAGUACGGUGGCGUGACAGUGCAGAGGCUGAUAGAGGGACAGGACUUUCAAGGUGGAGAGCAAACCACAAAGGGGGUGACAAGUUAAAUGUGGAAAAUACACUGGCAUUUUUUGACGGGGAGGUGAAAAACUCAGACACAAGAGGGCGGAGCAAAGUGGACAAACAUGGGAGGAAGAGUCAUUCUAGAGGGUCAGGUCCAGAUGAAGAAGGACACAAUGUGACAAGCAAGGAAGGAGGGGAUGGUUUUACCUUGGACAUCCUCACGUCUUCAAAGAAAGGCGGGAAAAGCAAAGGGCGUGGUCGCAAAAAGGAGAACAAUCACUGGCUGCCUUGUCCCAGUGGAGGUUGUAACUGGUCAGUAGAGGGGCAGGGCAGGGGCCACAAAGGACGGGAACUGAGGAAAAGGAGGAACAAUAAUAACUCAAAACAAAGCUCAAGGGACUCACAGGUGGCCCCUCACUUUGCUUUUAUGACUGCUGUCCGAGCUCCUCUGGCCCUCUCGGACCUGCAAGUCGGGGGCAGAUGUAAAUGUAACGGACACGCUUCUAGGUGUCGACGUGACGACACGGGACGAGCAGUGUGCAUGUGUGAGCACCACACAGCAGGACCAGACUGUGAUGUGUGUGAGGAUUUCUACUGUGACAGACCUUGGCAUAGAGCUACACCCACGCAUCCAAAUCCAUGUGUUGGUGAGUGAUGCUUGAAUGAAAUAAUGAGAAAGAAAUGUGGGUUUCAUUUGUGUUUUGCAAUAAACAUGUGCAACACACCCUGAGCUAUCAAACUUUUUAAAAAGUCAGAAAUGGACUGUAAAAUGUUUGAUCGUAGCUCUUACAUGUAUGUUUCUUUUAUCACUUUUUCAUUUCCAAAAACUAAUUCUAAUAAUAUUUACAUUACACUGUAAAAUACUGAAAAAUUUCCCUCUCCAAUAAACAAUGAAUGUUAGUAGAUAUAAGCGUCUUGAAGCAGUGUUCAUUAAUGCAAAGUUUAUUUAAAUACAAACAAAUGCAAAAAAUUGCUAUUUUUGACUGCAUAACUAAUGUCUUUAUGUUAUCUGACAUAAUACACCAUGACAGUCGGCCUCUCUGCUUUAUUUUCUUUAGGGUAGAAGCUAGACUAGAUAUAUUCAUUUAUAUGUUGUGUACAUCUUUCUGCUGUCAGCUUAACCCAUUGGAUGCCCCACGAUAACUGUUUGUCUUUUCUUUGUCCAGCCUGCGAGUGUAACGGCCAUACGAACAAGUGUCGCUUCAGCAUGGAGGUGUUUCAGCAGUCGGGUCGACGCAGCGGAGGCGUGUGUCAGAAGUGUCGCCACCACACGGCCGGACGCCACUGUCAGUACUGCCAGAACGGAUACACCCGAGAUAACAGCAAACCAAUGACCCACCGCAAGGCCUGCCAACGUCAGUCUCUACAUGUGUGUGUGUUUGUUUGCUGUACAUGUGUCAGGGAUGGGGGUAAAGCCUAUUUAUGCUGUUAUGUUUUCUGGACGCUCACAGAUAAAGACCAACCAGUAGAGUAGCUGUAGCGAGAGCUAAAAAGCCCAUCAAUUUGUCAUCGUUGACGAGUAAGACAGCUGCUAUGUACACAUCAACAUACAAGCCUACCUUUGUCUUUCAUUUUUCCAUCUUCUGUGUAGAUCCCAAAAUACACACAGCGCCUCUUAGAUAUGUCCUGAUUGUCCGCUCAGUGCAGCUUUGCUUGACCAUGUCAUCCAUUUAUGUAGAAUAACAUUAGUAUAUUAGUUUACUGAGGUCAAGGGUGCAUGCAAUGGUCAGGUUACCAUGAGAGUGCCCUCUGCUGGAUCAUAUAGCAAGUUUUAGCUAAAAAGUGACACUAUCAAAAGUAUUGAUUGUAAUACUUGUUACCUGUUACCUCACUGGGUAUGUAUUCUUUAUUUGUUCACAUCCCACAAAAUUUUAUUCUUAGUUCUGCCCUCUGGUGGGUGACAUUCAAGGACAUGUGCAACUAUAUGAGUCGUGACUUUUAUAUCAAUUGAGACUUACAGAUCCACUUCUACAUGCAAAAGAAGCAUAAAUGAGCCUUACAUUGUUAAAUCAAAAGAAAAAAGUAAUCAUGCAUUCGUGGAAGAUGAAUAGCAAAGUUGAGUGACAGUGCCUUUGUCAGGCCGUCUGAUCGCAUGUGUGCGUGUUUACGUGCCUGCUGUGUCUCAGUCAGAGCGUACAGAAGUGUUUAUGGGGUGGUUACAUUGUGAGAGUAGACAGCUAUUCCUGUUAGCGACACAAAAACACACCCAAACCAAACAGCGCUGCCACCUGCAUACCCGUACUUACUGCCGGUUGGCAUGUGGAAGGCGACCCCUGACCUUUGACUGGUCACAUGUCCUAAGUGACUGUGACACUGUGGUAUGCUCGUGUCGAGGUUUGGCCUAAUAUAUCCAAAGUUAAUGGGCUCUCUUUGAGCGGACACACGUGCAGGGAUGCAACAUUAUGAUCAAACGUUCCUGCGUUUUAUCACUUAUUACGCAUAAACCUGACUACUUUACAUCCAUGACCACAGGUGGUAAAAUUUAUCACUACUGUAUUUCACUGUGUUGCAUUUAGGGGACAGUUUUUCAUGUUCUCCUGUCAGGUUGUUUGGAUUCAUUGUAAGGAUUUGUCUAAACAUUACUUGAGCGUUAACAGUGCUGCUCAAGGUUGGCUUCCUGUCUCGAUGUGUCUUCUCUCAUGUAGAGAUAAAUAGAAAGCUUUGCACUGGGUAAAUGUGCUUCAGUUAAGAUAGAGCAUCAUUCUUCAUCUCGAUAAAACAGAUAGGGGGAAUAAAUCCAGGAUAUUAUUUCUCUUGUUGAUAAGAAGCCAUUAGUUUAGUCUUCCCACUGAAACAAAACACAUUGACCUUCAUGUGGCGUUGUGCUGAUAGCUCUGCAAAGGAAUUUGUCUUUGUUUACCCAACAAGACAGCCACAAAAUAGGUUUUACGGUGUUGGUAAAGGUCUUGUAUAGUUGCUCAAGGACACUCCCUCCCUCACGAUGGAUGCUGUCAAGCAGGAUUAAGCCUGAGUCGCUGCAUUUACGGAUGGUUCUGUUAAGCCUCCCUAUUGUCCUGUCUGUCCCGUGUGCGCAAUAAAGACAAACUGCAGUAGAUAAGUUUUUUUCCUGAUAUAACUUCAAGCUCACAACUCGAUGGAGUCUUUUCCUUGAAACUGGAACAACUUCAUCCUUGAGACUUUUGAAAACUGUCAUUUUUAGGAUAUACAAGACCCCUCCUUGACUGUCUCUUUAAAGCAAAUGCAUAAUAAUGGUAGAUGGGGACUUAAACGUCACAAAAUUGCCAUUGCUUACUUGAUCUUUUGACUUUCCAGCGUGCCAGUGCCAUCGUCUUGGAGCAGUGGGUCGCUGGUGUAACCAGACAUCAGGUCAGUGUCUGUGUCGAGAAGGUGUGACCGGCCUCAGGUGUAAUCGCUGCGCCCCGGGAUACAAACUGGGAGAGUCGUCUCUGCGGCCCUGCAUACGUAAGUCAGCCAACAGUUAGUUCUGAGCUCUUAAUUUUGACUCAAAUUUGGAGAGUCGUUUGACUAUUUUGGAGAAAAUAGUUUCUGAGGACAUCUACAGUCCGCCUGGCAUCAGAUCAGAAAGUCUGGGUCAUCCUCACAGCCUCUUGUGUUGAUUAGGUUUGGCAAUGUUUCAUUAGGGAUUACAAAUCUUACAGUAGAGUUAACUUUUCAUUCAGCACAUGCCACCCUGAUGAAAUUAAUCAAGUUUUUAAUUGUUGCUUGUCAAUCACGACAAAGUCAUCCCCCUAAUUUCUCCUUCAUCAUAUUCUUUUGUGGCCCUAAUAGAUUAAACCUCCUAUCAAGCUCUCUAAGCCUUUAUCAAAUAGUAGCUCAGUAUAAAAGGAGCCGCUGCCGUCCGGAGUAAUUUGGCCUAAUCAAGCAGCGUGUCCCCUUUUCAUCAUCCCUAGAGACAGUUUCCAUAGCAGCCUUAGCAUGAGCUGAAACCCAUGGGGGAACCUCAUCACCAGCUGAUGUGGGAUCAGAGUCAUAUCAAGUGGCUCGCUGCUUCUCAUAUCUUUGGCCCUGGCCAGCACCGAACCUCAGCCACAAGCGCUAAUCCACGUGCACUUCCCCGGCUAAUCGUACGAGUGCCGACAACUACACAGGCACUGACACUGUGUAAGCCCCAAUCAGGUGACAUAGGAAGCCAGAAGUGGCGAGCUUCACACCUGUUGUGUAGCUCACAACGCCCCCAUCUCAGGGCCCAGACUCAUAACUCUCCCAGUGAAAGGAGUGAGUGAAAGAAAACCAUGUUUGUUUUUACUGCCAGACCAUCUCAGGGCUAUGUAUAGCAUCUCUUACCCCCCACCAUCCCAACAAACACCCACCCUCCUCCUCCUCCUCUUCCUCCCCUCUUUUCAGACGGACCAAAAAGGCACCCAGCACCCAGGCUAAACUUCAAGCUAGCCUUUUUAUCCAAAAGUUUAUAAAAUCACACGACAGGAUAAAAGGUGACGUGCACUGAGUACAUGUUUUGUCAAAAUAAAGUGACAGACUAUAGAGAUAGUAGAAACAGCUACAACUGGAUUCAGCUAAAAUGUUGAAUCUUGAUUUUAUCUGUAAGCUGUUUUUAUCUGUUAGCUAUAUUAGCUAACUCCUUAGCUAAUAUAGCUAAACUCACCGGAUGUAGUAGCUGUCAGAUCUGCCUCAGAGUUUCACUUCACUGCUUCACUUUUUCACUCAUACUACAAAGUUAAAUAAAGCCAUAGCGAAUUAUGAUGGAGAAAAUUUUCUUCCGAAAAUACACAAGUAACAUUAGCUACAAGAAGAGAAGCAAAAAGCUAGCUAACUCCUUAGCUAAUGUAGCUAAACUCACCAGAGUGUAGUAGUCAGCUCUGCUUCAGAGCUUUACUUCACUGCUUCACUUUUUUGCUUAUACUACAAGGUUAAAUAAAGCCAUAGCAAAUUACGAUGGAGAGAAUCUUCUUCUUAAAACACACAAGUAAUGUUAGUUACAACAAGAGAAGCAAAAGGCUAGCUAACUCCUUAGCUAAGAGCUAAACUCACCAAAGAUUAGAAGCUGUGAACUCUGCUUCAGAGCUUUACUUCACUGCUUCACUUUUUCACUCAUACUACAAAGUUAAAUAAAGCCGUAGCGAAUUAUGAUGGAGAAAUACUUCUUCUGAAAACACACAAGUAAUGUUCACUACAACAAGAGACACAAAAAGCUAGCUAACUCCUUAGCUAAUGUAGCUAAACUCACCAGAGUGUAGUAGCUGUCAGCUCUGCUUCAGAGCUUUAUUUCACUGCUGCACUUUUUCACUCAUACUACAAAGCUAUAUAAAGCCGUAGUGAAUCACGAUGGAGAAAAACUUCUUCUUAAAACACAAAAGUAAUGUUAGUUACAACAAGAAUAGCAAAAAGCUAGCUAACUCCUUAGCUAAUAUAGCUAAACUCAUCACAGUUUAGUAGCUGUCAGCUCUGCUUCAGAGCCAGUAAUGUGAGAUUUAAGUUUAAUGUGGUAACUUCUCAGGUUUUAACGUAUAUCUUUAAUGCUGUCCAUACACAUGCAACCACACAGCACCUUCCAGGUUUUCAAAAGAGGGGUCAGUCAGCUGGGUGGGGGUGUAGGGUGUCACUGGCCCAGUUGUGUCAGAGAAGACAGGACAUGGACGGGGGGACGGAGUGUGAACCUGGUAAAAUAUGGCAGCGCUGUCACACACAGGGUUUUACAAGCGGCCUGGAUAAUAUACGUGUGGACCAGCAGGUAGUUCAUUUACCAUUUACAAGCUCACAGACACGCACAGAGUCAAGCGAGGUUUAUUAGACUCUGUUUAACGUUUGAGUCCAAAAAACAUACAAAAAGUGACGCUCCAACCUUGUGAAAUUACCAAAAGUAAAGUUUGUGUCUGCGUGUGUUUUCAGAAAGUGUUUCUAGCCCGUAAAAAAACAGACCACACACACUCAUUUUUGACACUUGCUUAUCUUCUGUGCAGACGUGCCACCGUGCAAUGAAAGGCAUCCACGCAUAGCACACAUAACACACACAGAAACACACUUGGUCUGCUACACCCUUAGGGCUCAUACGGGUGUGCUGAAGCUCCAGAGUGUGUGUGUUUGAGUUCUCGUCACCUGUCUGAAACUGUGUUUAUGUUUUCAGGAAUUCAAGAGGUCGCUCCAACACCGGUGUACCAACCUCAGUACAGCAUAGGUGAGGAGAUGAACGGACAGGAAGUAUAUUAACAUGAACCUCUGAUCGUCAUGGUCCAUUUGUGUCUGGGUAGAGUACAAAAUAUCCAAGGCGGAUUUAAAAUAAUUACAUAUGAGCAGCAAAACGUCAAACUGAGUAUUUAGUCAUCGCGGUUUGUGCUGCAAAUCUUAAAAAGUGUACAUUUUUGCCUGAUGCAGUGUGAUCUGUGUGACUUUCAAAAUAAAAGUAUUCAUGAAGGUGUUAUUUAGACCAAGGCAGAUGUUUUUGUUUCAGAAUAAAAGCCACUUAAAUAUUUUUUUUUAAAAUUGACAUUAAUAUAUUGUGUAUAACUCAACCUUAACUUUUAUUGACUUCAGUGCUUUUAUAUUUAUGUUUUUGGUAUUUAUUCAUCUAUUUAUUUUGUAAAUAAAGGCUGUGUAAAUUUAUUCAAACCUGAUACGGUCCUAAAAAUAGAUUUUUUUUUUUUUUUUUAAAUAAAGCACCUAAUUUUAGGACACUUCACAUUAAAAAAGCAGGUCUAGACUGUUUUUUCAAAAUAAUAUAAUUGAUGAGAUUUGACAAAAAAUGAAAUUGUGCAUAUUAAAUUUUAUUUGUUGUAACUAAUUUAAUUUUUUAAUUUUUUUUUCUGUAAAUAUACAAACACAACAGACAUUCAAAUGCUGCAAAGCUUCACACUAAAGACAAAUAUUUUGACAUAUGUGAUGAUAACUGGAGAUGUUUUAACUCUGUCUUAAUGCUUUUAUUCUCUUCAUUUUCUUCUGCUUUAAUGUGAAGCACUCGAACCCUCACCUCAUGUACAACACACACCAGUCAAUCACUUCUGCGGCCUCAUAUAUCAAAACAAACGCAGCUAACCACGCCUCCUAGUGGCGACUGUAAGAAUGUCCCACCUGCUGCAGACAGAGUCAUCUGUUAGUCACAGGAUACUGUGAUGACAAAUACAAGCAGCCAUAUUGUAAUUAGGGGAAAAGACAUGUGCUGAUAUGCUCGCUAUGAAAUGAUACCCUCUCAUUUGAUGUUCUCUCCCCACCUCUCUCUCUCCCUCUCUCUGUUAUAGCGGAGGAGUGUGUUUCGUACUGCCAGCCCUCUCAGGUUAAAGUCAGGAUGAACUUGGAGACAUAUUGUCUCAAGGACUUUGGUAAGUAUCAGGGUUUUUUUGUUUGCUUAUUUUGUUUACAUGAAAAAAAAUAAAGAAAAAUAUAUUUGGAAUUUUUUCUUCUUAUUUUGAUUUUACAAAAUUCCUCGAAUAUUUUGGGCUAAAAUAUAUUUCUAUAAAAGCAAUUUUAAAAAGUUGAAUUAUUUCAGUGAUUUUAAAAUAUGUAUAGUUUUUGUAGUAUAAUUGGCACAGUCCAGGGUUAAACAAAAGGGAAAGGAUCUUAAUGCAGACAAAAAAAAAAGGAUUUAUUUAAAGAUAACUGAAUGAAAAGCAGCAAAAACUUGCUUUAAAAUCCAACCAAAAAAAAAAAAACUAAAGACACUGGAGAAAAAAUCUCAACGAGACUCAAAGAUCACGGGGAACAGAAAGACAUGGACACACAUACAACAUACAAUGAACCAACAAGAACAGAGAGGAAGACAGGGACUAUAUACAUAGUGUUAAUGAGCAACAGGUGAGGCUAACGAGACACAGGUGAAACUCAUCAUGGGUGAUUAACGAAGGAGGGAAAACCAGAAACACAAGGAAUUAAUUUCUACAAAAUAAAAUGUGAAACUCUGAAAACUGAUAUAAAGAAUAAAACACUGAGAAUAGAGGGAAACAGGGUCAAACACAAACUGAAAACUCACAAGACUGGAUCACAGGAACAACAGGGAAUAGAAACACUUGGAAAAACACAAGGAAAAUAACAAAACUCAGAUAACAAAACCAGGGAAAAACUAAAUUACCAGAACAUAUCCUGCCAAUAAUGUUCUGCAUCUGUUUCCCUCAGUGCUGAAGGUGCAGGUGAGAGGGAUGGAGCGUUCGGGUCCCUGGUGGCAGUUCUCCAUCUCAGUCCAAACCGUCUUCCGCACGGGGUCCACCUCCCGAGUCCGCAGGGGCUCUCAGUCGCUCUGGGUCCCUGAUCGGGACCUCAGCUGCGGCUGCCCCGCCCUCCAGGUGGGUCGGACCUUCCUCCUGAUUGGGGCAGAGGAGGGGGAGCGUGGGUGGGGUCCCGAGGAGAGUCGCCUGGUGGCGGACCGCUCCACUCUGGCCCUCCAGUGGCGGGAACACUGGAGCCCUAAACUGAGGGGUUUCCGGGGGCAGGACAAGAGGGGCCGCUGCCCGCCUAAAUCCAACAACCAGCAACGUAACAGGGAGCAAACACGGCCUCAGACUGGGUACAUCCCCCCACACCUGCUGACUGAGACAAAGCCUCACAGCGCGGACACACACUCUGUGGAAGUGGACGACAGUCAAACCUCAUCGCACACACAAUCCUUCCUGACAACCACGCCUGCUCUGGUGUGCUCGACUCAAGGUCCAGGAUGAAACUCAAACUCCAAAGAGACGUCGAAAUAAAAGAUUUACUAAACUGUCAAAACUCUCUUCGACAGAUUUCCCUGAAGGCCUCGGGUGAACAACUGCAGCCUCAGAGAAACACACACACACACACACACACACACACACCUGUUGUAUGAUCUGUCCGAGUGUGUGAAGUGUACAGGGUGAUCACCGAACAGUAAUAAAAAUCAUGGAUGGUUAAAAAUAAAACAAAAUUCACC